UAUAGAAGUCACGAUGGUGGCUUCCUCAGUUCGGAUUUGGUGUCUCCCAUAAGUGUUACAGUCGAUCACAAUCACAUGAAGAUCAUUGAAGAAUUCAUCGCCAAAUUCGAAUUUAUCGGAUUAAAAUUCAAAAUUCUUAAUAAUACGCUAACUGUGACAAGUGUACCGAAAUGUCUGUUGAAAAGAGCCGAGAAGGAGUCAUCAUUGCAGUGUAAAGAACUAUUAGAGCAAGGCAUCAAAAAUCUUCUACACGAACAGAUUGAGACUCUGUUGAAAACCGGAGGUGUCGUUCAAUCAAAACCAGUCACAUUGACUUCUAUAAUCGCUUAUGAAGCGUGCAGAGGUGCAAUAAAAUUUGGAGAUGCUAUUUCAUUAACGACAGCUCAGUGUCUGCUGAAGAAACUAUCGCAGUGUAGAGCGCCUUAUCAAUGUGCACAUGGCAGACCUGUUUUGGCACCUAUUAUUGAACUGCCCACAACUUGAAAACUAAAUCUAUGAGGUAUUAUGUACUGUAUUUCUAAUUAUCAUUUAUCAAUUCAUGUUCGUCAAUUUAAUGUUCAUUUAUCUGAGGUAAUACUUGUAUUAAGUUUAAACAUACUAUUAAAAUAUUUUUAUUUUCUACUAGAAUUAUCAGGGGAAUGUGAUGAUAUUUAUACAAUUUUUCUUCGUACAAUAGAGGGGAUUUUGUUACUGCACGAUUUGUCUUUGUUAUUCAAAGAUGAACGUGUACCGGUAUCUUUGUAUACACCUUUUUGUAAGAAGACACAACUUGUUACUCGAUUCAUUCUAUUUACAAGUAGGUGAUUAAUUAUUUUCUAACGUACUUGAUUCAUAUUUGUGAGUAAUUUAUAAUUACUCAAGUUCUAUUUGUAUACUUUUUACUGUCAAGAUUAGUAUUUUAUUUUGUUUAUCUUGCAAUAUUAUUUGUUUAUCAGAUUGCUUCAUGACUUCUUAAUGAAAAUUCAUUGUCAGGACGUCAGGACCUAUUCAAGGUUGAGUAAAAUUGCUUUGAUUUUGUUCUCUAUGAUGAAACUUUUGUCAAUAAUUCUAUUAAAGAUACGACUUGUAUUUUUUAGUAAAUAAGACUGGUUACUCUACUUUAAUGGCAUUGCAAAAUUGCUGAUUCAUCAAGAGUAAAAAGAAUCCCAUUCUUUA